AUGGUGGACCAGUCCGAAGAGAAGAUGGACGUAAACGGCUCCGACCCUCAGCCUGCACCAAAAAUGAAAAUCUCUUUUGGUGUGAAAAGAAAGUCACCAGCAAAACUCCAAGGCAAUACGCCGGCUAUUAUUGAUGUGUCGACAGCGACGAAGAAAGAGAAGCACGAUGAAGAAGCGAAGAGGAAUAAGAAACGAAAGCUCACUCAUUUUGAAGAUGGAGAUGCCCCGGAUGAUGAGGAUAGCAAGAAAAAAGCAGCUGUUGUGAUUCCCUUGGUCCAAGAACGGGACUGGCGUCACUACAGAAGGAAGGCAAACUUUACUGAUGAGGAUCGAGCAAAGCUUGCCAUUCUUACUGAAGAGCAGCCAUUUGAGGGAUCAAACGGUACUGCUUCCACAGAUGCGAUAGUCGUAGAAGAGGAGGCUAAGAUUGUUGAAGACGCCGAUUAUGGAGCGGUGCCGAUUGAAGAAUAUGGACUAGCAAUACUGAGAGGGUGUGGAUGGAAAGAUGGUGAAGGAAUUGGGCGGAAGGCCUCAGUUCCGCUACGUAUACUUCCACGACGGCCGAAUGGGCUUGGUCUGGGUGCAACUCCACAACAGAAGGAUAAGAAGAAAAGCGCAAAGAAUGCUAAUGAAGAUGAACAAAUAGACGAAAUCAUAAAGAAGGAUUCUUUGAUACGGGUUAUUACCGGUCGAUUCAAAGGGCACUACGGCAAGGUAGAGUCUAGAGAUGACGACAACAAUUGCCUUUUCGUGCGGUUAGCUGUUGGAGGACAACAAGUAAAGGUGAGCUUGUUUGCGAUAGAACAAGUUUCGAAAAAGGAGUACGAUCGCGACAGCAAGUGUAUAAAUAAGGAUGAUUAUGACAGAGAACGAGACAAAAUCGAAAAACGAAAUAAAGAAGCCGUCCGCGACAAUCGGAAAGGGGAUGAUCGAAAAGAUCGCGAAGAACGCUCUAGGGACAAGUAUCGGGAAAAGGAUUCUAAUCACGAUAGGGAAGCUAAAAAUGAUGAAUUAUGGGUCCGUACCGAUUUGCUGGUUCGGUUUAUCGACGAAAAUUACAAGAAAGGCAAAUAUUUCAAAGAAAAGAUGCGGGUAGUAGAUGUAGCAUCACGAAAGGACAUUUCGUUAGAAGAUUCCCAUGGCAAGAUGCAUUACGGAAUCCGGCAGUCAUCUCUGGAGACCGUUUUACCACGGCUAGAAAAAUCACGUGUAAUGAUUGUACGAGGUAAACAUAAGGGCCUCGCGGCAACUAUGGAAGAAAAGGAUAAAAGGCGGUGUCUGGUCGUUGCUAGGCUGUUGAGGUCCAACGAGGUGAUUUUGAAUGUGUACUGUGAUUUUGAACGACGUUCUGCCGAGCACCAAAUGCGAGGGAAGAAGAUGACGAUACGAUUACUGAAAUUCGCCUGUACAAAGAAAGAAAUGUUUUGGAGUCAGCGAAAUUCUCUGGCGAACCUCACACUCACCAGGCGUUUGGGAGUCUCCUACUAA